AUGGAAACAUUUAGUGAAGAAAUGUCAAAUAAUUAUGAAAUGUUAGGGAAAAUUGGAGAAGGAACUUAUGGAACGGUUUUUAAAGCAAAAAGUAAAGAAAAUGGGCAAAUUGUUGCUUUAAAAAUUGUUAAAUUGGAUGAUGAAGAUGAGGUUUUUUGUUCAAAAAAUUAUUUUGAAAGUCAAUCGUGGUUAAUUAAUUUAAUAAAAAUACAUAUAAUUAUCACCAGGGUCCGGCAUUUUAUUGAAACAAAAUUAGUGAAGAAAUGUCAAAUAAUAAAUUGA